AUGGAAUUUUAUCACCUGAUUGCACAGCCGACCUACCUCCAAGGUCAACCAAGCACGCAGCGUGUUGACUGCGGAGUGCCUCAACUAUAUACUCCGCCUUUAGAGUAUUCAGUCAAGCUUCUGGAUCAAUUGCAAUAUGGUAGCGAGCAGAUGUCUUUUAAACUUGACGGGUUAAAUUCGGAGAAAAUCAUGGCCCUAAACCCACAAUUAUACACUCCGGAUAAGUCGCACCCUUUCAGAGGGAUAUGGAUAGGUCUAUAUCCGAAGGACGAUACACGCGCAAGCAUAAUGUUUGUGAAUAUCAGCACUUUCUUUUUCACCAGCCCGCCGAGAACAGUUUAA